AUGGCCAACUCUCCUCACGGUGGUGUCCUCAAGGACCUCUUCGCCCGCGAUGCUCCCCGCCAGUCGGAGCUUCUCGCUGAGGCCGAGACGCUCCCCGCCCUCACUCUGACUGAGCGCCACCUGUGCGAUCUCGAGCUCAUCCUCAACGGUGGCUUCUCCCCUCUGGAAGGUUCGUCUUGCUGCAAAAAUUUACCGUCCGUUGUUGAGACUCUCCGCCUUGCCGAUGGCGCCCUCUUCAGUAUGCCUAUCACGCUGGACGUGGAUCAGAAGCAGAUUGACGACCUUGGCAUCAAGCCUGGCGCCAAGAUCACCCUCCGCGAUCUGAGAGAUGACCGCAACCUGGCCAUCCUCACCGUCGAGGAUGUCUACCGACCUGACAAGACCAACGAGGCUGUCAAGGUCUUUGGCAGUGAUGAUGAUACUCACCCCGGUGUCAAGCACCUCUUCAACGUCGCCAAGGAAUUCUACGUUGGUGGCAAGCUCGAGGCUAUCCAGCGCCUUGAGCACUAUGACUUCCUGGAGCUGCGCUUCUCUCCCGCCGAGCUCCGCGCUCACUUCAACAAGCUGGGCUGGCAGAAGACUCGCAACCCCAUGCACCGCGCCCACCGUGAGUUGACCGUCCGUGCCGCCCGCUCGCAGCAGGCCAACGUCCUCAUCCAUCCCGUCGUCGGCUUGACCAAGCCCGGUGACAUUGACCACUUCACCCGUGUCCGUGUCUACAAGGCUCUCCUGCCCCGCUACCCCAACGGCAUGGGUGCUCUUGCCCUCCUGCCUCUCGCCAUGCGCAUGGGUGGCCCUCGCGAGGCUGUCUGGCACGCCGUGAUCCGCAAGAACCACGGCGCCACCCACUUCAUCGUCGGCCGUGACCACGCCGGUCCCGGUAAGAACAAGAACGGCAAGGACCACUACGGCCCCUACGACGCCCAGCACCUCGUCCAGCAGUACCAGGAGGAGCUCGGCAUCAAGAUGGUCGAGUUCCAGGAGAUGAUCUACAUCCCCGACAGAGACGAGUACAUGCCCGCCAACGAGAUCCCCGAGGGCACCCGCACGCUCAACAUCUCCGGUACCGAGCUGCGCCACCGCCUUCGCACCGGCAAGGAGAUCCCCGCCUGGUUCUCCUACCCCGAGGUCGUCAAGGUCCUCCGCGAGCAGAACCCCCUUCCCCGCGAGAAGGGCUUCACCGUCUUCCUCACCGGAUACCAGAACAGUGGCAAGGACAACAUCGCCCGCGCCCUCCAAGUCACACUCAACCAGGAUGGUGGCCGCCCCGUCUCCAUGCUUCUCGGUGAGAACGUCCGUCACGAGCUGUCCCAGGAGCUCGGUUUCACCCGCAAGGACCGCGACCUCAACAUCUCCCGCAUCGCCUUUGUCGCCUCGGAGCUCACCAAGGCCGGUGCCGCCGUCAUCGCCGCCCCCAUCGCCCCCUUCGAGGAUGCCCGCCGCCAGGCCCGCGAGUCCGUCGAGAGAAACGGCAACUUCUUCCUCAUCCACGUCGCCACCCCUCUCGAGUACUGCGAGAAGACCGACCGCCGUGGCGUCUACGCCAAGGCCCGCGCCGGCGAGAUCAAGGGCUUCACCGGUGUCGACGACCCUUACGAGGCCCCCGUCAACCCCGACCUCGUUGUCGACCUGGAGAAGCAGAACGUUCGCUCCAUCGUGCACGAGAUCAUCCUGCUGCUCGAGGGCCGUGGUCUCCUGGACCGUUUUUAA